AUGCGCCAAAAAUGGAUCCAGUACGCUAAGAACACUGCAACCCCUGGUUACGCCAUCAUGCAGCAUAACCGAAGCCUCGCCAAUCACCAAUUUGAAAUCAACGAGCUGCGCCGUCGAAUCAACGCCAUUGAUGCGAUCCUUGAAAGCGAGGUGUUUGAGGGGCAGGGAGGGCCAGAAGCGCAAAUUGCCGCACGAGAGCAAUUCCAAUUUGCGUAA